UUUUAUUACAAAAUAUGGUAUAUAAUGGCGCAACCUUUGAAGUCUUUUAAUUAUUCAACAUAAUUUUUAAGUCGAACGACCGUGUCUGUCCCUUUGGUCUGCUGUGUGCCGCAUCCUAAACUACUCUGAAGAUCAAAAUGACAGUUCUCUUACCAUCUGUAAAAUAAGAUUUUGUUAUCAAAUUCUUUUGUGCUUACGAAGAUUGUUUUCUCGUAUUACCAUCAUUGUUGCGUCAUAGCAUUGUUAUUUUAUUUUCUGUUUAGUCCUCUGGUUUUUAAACAUGACAGAAAUGGGUGAAAAAUACAAUAUCAAGUGUCCUGGUGUGAAACGACUAAUGAAAGAAGCGCUGGAGUUGGCGGAGGCCACCGAAGAAUAUUGCGCACGGCCUCUAGAAGACAACUUGUUUGAGUGGCACUUCACCGUUCAGGGUCCCAAGGGUACCGACUUUGAAGGUGGCAUCUAUCACGGUAGAAUAUUAUUGCCCAAAGAAUAUCCUAUGCAUCCACCUCAUAUAAUACUAUUAACGCCAAAUGGACGUUUCGAAGUAAACAAAAAGAUAUGUUUAUCAAUAUCUGGACACCAUCCUGAGACUUGGCAACCAUCUUGGUCAAUUAGGACUGCACUUUUGGCUUUAAUUGCUUUCAUGCCUACUCCUGCUGAGGGAACUAUUGGGUCACUGGACUACACUCCUGCAGAACGUAAAAUUUUAGCUAAAAAAUCAUCCAGCUGGUCAUGCCCUCAAUGUGGGGAAAUAGCAAAGCUCUUGUCAUCUACUGCAGCCAAGCCAUUGACUGAAGAAGAACAAUCAGUAUUAAACCAAAUUGCAUUUAAAGGUGAGGAUGAACAGACACAGAAAGCACCUGAACCUGAGACAGCUCCUGAGCCUGAAGUUCAAGCAUUGGAGUCCACAGAGCCCAGUACCAGCUUCUUAGACCAACUCACAGAGAUCCUGGUUGCUCUCCUGGUUGGCGCCAUAGGGAUAUUUAUUUACCGACGUUGGAAAGCAUUUGAAUCUGUAGGAGAAACUGAGCUGUAAUGACAGUCAAAUUCCAUGAGAUCAUAGGGCCUAAGAACACUUUGGAGUUAUUUUUAUUGCUGUAUAGCAAAUAGUGUUUUGCAAAAAUAAAUUAUUUGAUAUUGUACACUUUAAUUGUUUCAAUCUAAAAAGUGUAUUGUUAAGGUAUGUGUGCCUUAACACUAAGUACAUAAGGGGCAUUCAUCAUCACAUAAUAAGGUUAAACCUUAUGCAUUAAACUCAUCAUCAUGCACUUGAUAUUAUAGUUUUUGUCAUGAAAUCAUUUUUAUUUAACUACAUAAGUGUUUUGUUUUGUAGGUUUAUAGAAAAAAAAAAGAUUCCUGUAUAGAGUAGGUAUUUAUUGAAAUUACUGAAAAUAUUUAGUAAAAUCAGUUUGUGGCAUUCCAAAAAGUUAGCUGAUAGUGAUAAGAUUUUAUAAUCUUGGAAGUUUUAUUAUAACAUAUGUUAAGGAACAUAACUUUUAUCUUAGGUUAAGAAUAUCAUAAAAUAGAUUUGUGUAUUAACAUGUAUUUUCAUCAAAUAAUGUAAUAUGAAAAUCUUUAAUUUUUACAUAUUUUUGUUUAUCUUGACUAUCAAAUAUUAAAUUGUAUUCUUAA